CAUCCACCAUCACCAUCCACCAUCCACCAUCCACCAUCCACCAUCCACCAUCCACCAUCCACCAUCCACCAUCCACCAUCCACCACCCCAUCCACCAUCACCAUCACCAUCACCAUCCACAAUCUCCGCUGUCACGUCCACUAGCUACCACAAGUUAGCUACACACUGAGACUUUAUUGUGUAUACUGUAUCUCGCAUUUACUGAUGGCGGCGACUACAGUGACGCCUGCGCCGGAAUAGGAGACAUCCCACCCACGACUCAAGAAGAAUACAACACCCACCCACAACCUCAAAAUGCUUCUCAUACCAACCUCACCCAACCCACACGCCGUCCUAGGUCUCCUGACCUUCGGCCCUGACCCCAGCAGCGGCGCCCGCAUCACCUCCCUCCCCCAGUUCGCCAAGGUCCUCGACGUCUACCAGUCGCGCGGCUACUACGAGGUCGACACCGCGCGCUCCUACGGAAAUGGCACCCAAGAAGCCUUCACCCGCGCCGCGGGCUGGAAGGAGCGCGGUCUCACUCUAGCUACGAAGUCACUCCCCGAAUGCCACCGCGGUCACAGCGCCGCCAACCUACCCGAGAAAGUCGAAGCGAGCCUGCGGGAGCUGGGCACAGACUGCGUUGAUAUCUUCUACCUACACACAGCCGACCGCAGCGUGCCCUUCGCCGAGACGCUCGAGGCGGUGGACAAGCUGCAUAAGGAUGGCAAGUUCGUGCGCUUCGGCAUCAGCAACUUCGCCGCCUUUGAGGUGGCUGAGAUCGUCGUGACGUGCCAGCAGCGCGGAUGGGUCCGCCCGACGAUUUAUCAGGGGAUGUACAACGCCCUAACACGAAGCGCGGAGGCUGAACUGUUCCCUGCGCUGCGGCGCUAUGGGUUGGCGUUCUAUGCAUACAACCCGCUCGCGGCGGGCAUUUUCUCGGGCAAGUAUACGUCUGAGGCGGAUCGGCCUGAGGAGGGGAGAUUUUCCAAUGUUGAUAGCAAGAGAGGGGAGAGGUAUCGCGAGAGGUACUUUCGGCAUGGGGUGUUUGAGGCGUUGAGGAGCGUUAGGUCUGUGACGGAGGGGGAGGGCUUGACACUAGUGGAGGUUGCGAUUCGUUGGCUUGUGCAUCAUAGUGGGUUGAAAAUCGUGCAUGGGGGUCCGGAUGCCGUUAUUCUUGGGGUGAGCAGCUUGGCUCAGCUGGAAGAGAAUCUCGACGCAAUGGAGGCGGGACGGUUGCCAGAGGCUGUUAUUAUGGCCUUGGAUGAGGCUUGGAAGAAUGUUAGGCCCGAGUCAAGUGACUAUUGGAUUGGCAAGCUCGAGUACGACUAUGAUACUAGAAAGGCGCUCUUCAGCAUCUGAGAGCAUGAACUUUGGUAGACGGCAGUUAUAACGAAGCCACGUACGUACAAUGGCGAGAUAUCUAGAGUAGAAUUCGGACUUGGACCUCAUAGACCAAUCCCAAGAAGAUAAACCCUUCAUGCACUGAACUCCAUAGAUAACAAUUAGGGGUAAGACAGGCUCGGACGAGAUCUAGCCCGUGAUACCGUCUUGCAUGCGGUCUCGACCUGCUGUUUCUGGGGAAGACCAAAUUCCCAGACCCGGUUAUGACGUCCCCCUAUCCCCCAACGCACGUGAGCUUCCGGCCGGUAGCCAACGACAAAUGCGUGCCACCAAAACGCCAUAUCAAAAAAAAGAGUAAUACCAUAAAAGUCCAAAUCUUGUGUUCCAAAUCUUGUAAAAAAUCCAAACCAUAACCGACCUCCCCUGAACCUUCUUAAUAAGCCCAAACAAUAAAAGCAGCAGCUUCACGGGAAGCCUCGGCUGACGGAGAGUUCCCCACAAAACCUCCAACAGCACGCUCGGGAAUCACAUGCUGGGCGGCAGCCGCGCGGGAGGGAGGAGUAAAGGGAGGCAAGCACACGCUAUUAAUACGCCCGAGCGAUCC